GACAGAGACCAGAGUAUUGACGGCCUAAGAUGUAUAGCGGACGAUGGCUGUAUCGUUUGUUCAUAAUACCGUUGAUUGUUCUUCUUACGUAUGUGCCAAUCGCACGGUGCGUCGAAGUCUUGUACGCUAUCAAUGCGGGAGGUGAAACGCACGUGGACAGCUAUGGGAUUCGUUACUCGAAGGAUCCGCUGAUGGGCAAAGUGGGCACAGCCUCCGAUUAUGGGAAACAAUUGCUAAUCAGUAGGGUGAAUAGCGUUGACCAUAUAUUGUAUCAGACGGAGCGCUACCAUCAUAGUACCUUUGGGUACGAUAUACCGAUUAGCGAGGACGGAGAGUACGUUAUGAUUCUUAAAUUUUGCGAGGUUUAUUUUAAUUCGCCGAAUAUGAAGGUGUUCGAUAUUGUCCUGAACGGGGACCACACCGUCAUCACGGACUUGGAUAUAUUCGAAAGAGUGGGUCGAGGUAUUGCGCACGACGAGUACGUCCCGUUUAAAGUGCAAAAGGGCAAGCUAAUUUAUAACGACGAAGAAUCCGACAUUCUUGGUGGCAAGAUAAGAAUUGAAUUCAUCAAGGGAUAUCGAGAUAAUCCCAAAAUUAAUGCUAUAGCUGUGAUUAAAGGAAGUCUCGAAGAUGUUCCACAACUGGGACCAAUUCCGCAAGAGCCAGAAGAGUAUCAUGGGAUGCAAGACGACGAAGAGGAGCCCGUAAUCCGCACGAGGCAUACGAGUGGACCACGUACACCCGAUCCCUACGACUCCGAAGACUCGUCCAUACUUCUACCUGUAUUCGUUGCCAUUGGAGCUUUUAUACCCCUGUUGUUCUGCCUGUGCAAAUUAUAGAGGCCAAGAAUAGCACAAAUAAAUUAUAAGAGGUGUAUUAUGGUAUAUAUGUGCUUGGUGAAGGGCGCACGUAGAACCUUUAAUACACAAAUUGUUCUGUUUAAAUCAACUGUAAACAUUAUUGAAAUAUCUGG